GGACUCUACGACGGUGAGCAGUCUGGAGCAGCUCACUCAGGGACUGGCCAGUUUGGACAUUGGUCAGACCUCAGCCAAUCAGAACCCUGCAUCCUCUCCAGUGGGAGGAGCUAGGCCAAAGGUCCCCCUGAGCUCAGAGAAGCUGACCUGUGAAGAAGUGAAGAAGGAGUCAGAUGACAGUACACCUGCGUGCAGCGAAUCAGCAGACAGUAUGUCGUGUCAGCCUGUUGGCGUGGCAACACCAGAGUCGGUCGCAGGUGUAGAUAAGGCUGGAGACAGAGCCGGGGCGGAGCCAGAGCCCGAGGGAGCGUGUGGUUGGUCAAAGCCUCAGACAUCCCUGGAACUGAUGUGUGGCGCCGACGCAGAUGGAUCAACUCUGUAUGUGGUGGACCCUCUCUCCUGGUGUCCUCACCUGGAUGCCGUUAAGCCCCUCCCCUCCUCGGGUAUAGACGUCUUCCGGCCGUGUCAGGACUGCGGCUCAGAGGCUGAGAACUGGAUCUGUCUCACUUGCUACCAGGUGUUCUGUGGUCGCUAU